CAUCAGCUGACGGAGCGCGUGACACACACUGCUCUAGCACUUCCUACCGAGGCGCGCGGACCGAAUAAAAGUAUGUGAAUUAACGGGUGUGUUUAAGCCUAGGGGUGGGAUUUCGGGAGACAUGCCAUCCAACAAUAGUGUGUCUGAUGCCCCAAUCACACAGUUUGUGAACUGCAGGAUCCUAAAAGACCACAGGCUGCAAAGGGAAGACCUGUGGGUUCGGGAGGGCAAGAUUUUGAACCCCGAGAAGCUUUUCUUUGAUGAAGAGGGUUUUGCAGAUUACAGAGUUGACUGUGGGAAUAAAAUCAUUGCACCGGGGUUCAUAGAUGUUCAGUUAAAUGGUGGGUAUGGCGUUGACUUCUCCCAAGCCAGUAGUGACAUCAAAGGGGGCGUGGCUUUGGUGGCCAAAAAGAUUCUAGAACAUGGUGUCACCUCGUUCCUUCCCACCCUCGUCACCUCUCCACCAAUCAUAUACCACAAGGUCAUCCCAGAGAUCAAAGUUCAGGAUGGAGGACCUGAAGGGGCAGGGGUAUUAGGUCUUCACCUGGAGGGUCCGUUUAUCAGCGAAGAGAAGAGAGGCGCCCACCCUCCUCAGUUCCUUCGCACUUUUAAAGCUGGAGGCGUGGCUGACCUCAUAGAGACGUAUGGGCGGCUGGAGAAUGUUGCUAUGGUAACGCUUGCUCCAGAAUUGGCCAAUAGUGAAGCAGCAAUCCAUGAACUGGCAGGAAGGGGCAUAGCCGUGUCAUUAGGUCACUCGAUGGCUGAUCUCUCUCAGGCUGAGGAGGCUGUGCAGAACGGAGCCUCAUUCAUAACACAUUUAUUUAACGCCAUGUUGCCUUUUCAUCACAGAGACCCGGGCAUUGUGGGAUUGCUUACGAGUGACCGCAUACCACCUGGCCGGAUAGUUUACUAUGGUAUGAUCGCAGAUGGGAUACACACAAACCCUGCUGCCCUACGCAUUGCCCACAGAGCUCAUCCUGCAGGGUUGGUGCUGGUCACAGAUGCCGUGACAGCGAUGGGUCUUCCACCCGGUCGACACACACUCGGCCAACAGCAGAUAGACAUCCAGGGCCUUCAUGCAUACGUGGCAGGCACCACCACAUUGAGUGGCAGCAUUGCGACGAUGGACAUGUGUGUUAGACACUUCAGAGAGGCAUCAGGUUGUACUGUAGAAGCCGCAUUAGAAGCUGCAUCUCUGCAUCCCGCUCAGCUGCUUGGAAUCACUGACAGGAAGGGAACGCUGGAUUACGGCACAGAUGCAGAUUUUGUACUGCUUGAUGACAUGCUGACAGUCAGGGAAACCUACAUAGCUGGACAGCAGGUCUGGAGGAAGUGACAUCACCUUUUGCCAUUCAUACGUCACUAAGUUACAGAUUGAGUCCUGCAUAAAUACAAACACUUUUUAUUAUAAUGUAGCUGGUAAAAAAAGAGCCAUACUAACAUCACACAAACAAGGGUGUGUGUCACUGCAAAGCUCAAAUCGAAUCACAAUGGUCCAGUUAUUUCAAUAAUUAAAUAUAAUGAUAAUAUAACAAUAAUGUUUUUCAUUUUUAGUACAAUAAAAUGAUUAUUUAAUACCAAA